AUGAGCACAAAUGCCCUGGCGCCCCGGCGGCGGGCCAUCGCGCUCAUCUCGGGUGGAAAAGACAGCAUCUUGGCCGCCCAUCUGGCUCAAGUAGUGUUAGGGUACGAAGUUGCGGCUUUUGCGCACUUGAAGCCGAAACAAGCGAGCGGCACGGCUAAGACGGAUGAGACGGACAGCUACAUGUUCCAGUCGGUGGGGAGCGACGCCGUGGACUACUUGGGCGAGCACGCCUUGACCUCCCCCGCCUCCGCCUCCCCCCUGGGACGCCCGGUGGUUUACUUCUCCGCGGAGAUCCAGGGGGAAUCGUUACGCGUUGGAGUAGAUUACGAGCCUGAGGAGGGCGAUGAAGUGGAAGACAUGCGGCGUCUGCUACAGCAGGUGCUGACCCAACUCAAGCGCGACGACGCGGAAACGCCAAGACCUGUGGAAUACGCGGUUGUUACCGGGGCGAUAUGGAGUCGGUACCAGAGACAUCGAGUGGAGAGUGUGUGUCGUGACCUAGGUAUGCGUUCUGUGAGUCCUUUAUGGUCACUUGACCAGAACCUGUACUUACUGCAGCUGCGGCGACUACGGAGAGAGUUCGAGUGCAUUUUGAUUAAGACAGCCUGUUUGGGGCUAGGCCGAAGACACUUGCUCAGGUCAUUCGACGACGAAGAAUUGGUGCGCGACCUCAUGUGUCUUUACGACAAGUAUGAGAUCAACGUUGGCGGUGAAGGUGGCGAGUAUGAAACCUUCACCACUCGUGCACCUGGCUAUGGUCGCGGCGGCCUGGCCCUGGACCCGCAAGCUACCAAACGGAUACAGGCCGAUUUCGACACCUCUUACGCCCGGGUUCGAGUCGAACCUAGGUGCCCUAUUGCACCCGCGGCGUUCGGGAUACUUGCCGCGGAAAGCAGCUACCUGUCCAAAGUGAGAGCGCUAUGGAACUCGGGACAGCUGGAGCUCAUCGAAGCCGGCUUUGCAGCUGAGGGCCCCGGGGUAGAGAUGGACGGUGGAGUGACAGAAGUGUGUGAGGUGGAGGAUCCUGCGAAGGCGGAGGAUCCUGCGAAGCCGUGGUUGGCGUUGCGGAAAAUUAGGGUACCGAAGUGUGUAGAUUCAGAACCACGUGCGAAGUUUCAGCAAUUUGGUAAGCAGGGUCGCAAUUGUCAGCAAGUGUCGAAGGAGUUAAUAGAGUCCGAUUGCAUGGCCUUCCGCUUGUCUAGUGAAGAGGGUAUGGUGUGGCGUCGGGACGUCUCGGUGGCGGUGUGUGACGUGUUACCGAGUGUGUGCGCGCCGAUGAGUGUGUAUGGACAGGUGCUUUCGGCGUUGCGAGGACUGGAUAAUUUUUUGGCUGCCACUGGAGAUCAACCUUACAACAUCCGCGCAACGCCUAGCGGUCCUUGGGCACCGGGUGGCGAGUGGUCGGUAGCUGGGUUGAUAGACCGGCUCGUGGUCGGUUUGCCGCGGCUGUGUGUAGACGUGGUCAAGAGUGAUGUGGCCGAAUGGGUGCGUCAGUUGUGCGUGGAAUACGCACGACGUAAUCCUGGUAGGGAUGUGCGUCGUCUAAAUCUCUUCCUGCGUCUGAAAGCCUUGGACCUCGUAGCCUGUCCUCUAUGUCUCGAACAUGGGGCACUCUGCCAAUGUCCCCAGGAAGAGCUAUUACAACACAAAUUCCUUCGCGCCAACCCCAAACGCGAAGUUGGUCCCAGAGAAAUAGGGCCGAGCGGAGUGCUCGGUCCUGAGAAAACGGCCGUGCCCCAACGAAUCACCAUUCUGUUUGAUCAACCUACUUUUUAUGUCAACUUUUUGGUCCAUUACAGCAACAGUAAACUCGGGUCUAUCGAAGAAUUGUGUAGCACCAAGCUUAAUGUAAGUGAACCGUGUAAUGAACUGGGGAUCUUCUACGCCAACUCGGACAUCAGUCGUCAGGAGGAGUCUACCGUCACCAAGUACGCUCCAGGCUACGGAGUAUUGUCCGUCCGAUGGAUCUCUUAUGCGUGCCAGUGGAUGCCUUCAUGUGUCGUGCUAUGGUUCGACUGGACGUCCGUUGGUCGUCGAUCAUCUGGAUCGUUUUCCGAGUCGGUCGCGGCGGAUGAGGAGACUGUUACCAAAAGUCGGCUGUGCCAGACAAGCAUCGAACGCGUGCACAAGGAACUGCAUUCCCAUUACCAGAAUGCCGCUCCUAUCAUGCCCGUCAUCCUCCUCUCCUCCGAUCUCGACGAGAACGCGCGGCGAAGCAUCUGCAAACUCAUCGAGUCCUCAGUGGCACCGGUGAAGUCCCGAAAUGACUACACUUCAGUCUUCGUGAUAUUCCACCAACAACUCACUUCCGCUACGAGACUAACCGAGUCAGACUAA